AUGCCUCACCAAAACAGCCCCAACACGACCCUCGAGCCAUUCCAGCUCCUCAGCAAAGUCCUCACCUUCCCAAACGAGGACCAGCGCGACUGGUGGCACAGCACCGGACCCAUGCUAGCCAAAAUGCUCCGGGACGCGGGCUAUGACAUCCACGCCCAGUACGUGCACCUCUGCGUGCACCACAAAUGCAUCGUCCCGUAUCUGGGGCCGUAUCCGGCGAACGGCCAGGAGCGGUGGAUGAGCGUGCUCAGCCGGUUCGGUCUCCCGUAUGAACUGAGCCUGAAUUGCUCCAGGUCGGUUGUACGCUUCGCAUUCGAGCCCAUCGGGCCCCUGAGCGGGACCGAGCAGGAUCCCUUCAAUGCGCAUGUUAUCUGGGAGUGUCUUGACAUGCUUGCACGGUUGGAUCCGUCGAUCGACCUCCAGUGGUUUACGCAGUUCAAGGAGGAUCUGGUGCUGGGUGAUGACGAGGCGAGGUUUGUCCGAGAACGCGGCCUGGAUCGGGGCCAGGUGUGCACGCAGAAUAAGCUCGGCCUAGAUCUGGACGGGAGCAGGUUCGAGGUCAAGAUGUAUAUGUAUCCGUACCUGAAGUCAGUGGCGACGGGCGUCCCGAUCGAUCAGUUGAUGUUCGACUCGGUCCGGAAGGUGGACCGGGGUCAGAAGCUGGCUGGCCCAUUAUCCAUCCUGGAAGAGUACAUCAAGUCUCACAGGAAUAAGACGCUGUCCACGCGCCUGAUCUCCUGCGACCUGGUCGAUCCGAGCCAGUCACGUAUCAAGAUAUACGUGGCGGAGGAGUCGGUGGACUGGGAGCAUCUCGAGGACAUCUGGACCCUGGGACACCGACGUCGGAAUCCCGUCGCCAUGAGGGGGCUGGAGCAACUUCGGGAGCUCUGGGAUCUGAUCAACAUCCCCGAAGGGCCUUCGCACUUCCGAGAUGGAUACCUGAAUCUUGGAUCCGAGGUCGAUGAACGACUUCCCCUGCUAGCCAACUUUACUCUCUCGCCAAAAGAGCGAUACCCGGCUCCUCAAAUCUACUUCCAUACGUUUGGUAUGAGCGAUGCAGCGGUUGCAGAUGCCGUCGCCACGUUCUGUGCCCGAAGAGGUUGGACGGAAAUGGCCGAAUCAUACAAGGCGAAUCUAUUCUCAUAUUACCCAGAUGGAGAUGUCAAUGAAAUGAACUAUCUCCAGUCAUUGAUAUCCUUCUCAUAUCGAAACGAGAAAGCCUAUUUGAGCGUAUAUCUGCAUACUUUUGAGACAGGUGGUUAUAGAAAGUCUUGGAAAUUGUGA